CUGCAAGCUGCGACGAAGCAAGGCGCUUCAGAUCGAGGCCCCUGAAACAUAAAAUUAUUCGCGGCGACGUUUGCUUAUGUCGCGCAUGCUGUAAGACCGCUUUCGCAGCUAUGCGGAUGUUGUUUCUGGUGGUGCUCUUGCUGUUCCAUGGCACAGCCGAAACCUCAGCUUCGCGCGCCAGUCUGGCUCAGCGCCCCUUGGCGAGGAGCCUCUCGGCGAUCCAAACGCAAACAGUAACGGUCUUCUCAUUGGAGGAGCUGGUUGCUGCGAUAACCGAUGACCGUGUGACGGUGGUGGUGGUAGGAACAUCUCUGACCAUGGUGGAUGCUGCCUGGCAAGGAGUGGCAACGCCGUACGCCCUGCGGCGCAACCUCACGCUGACCGGUCCGGCGGCGGACCCAGCGCUGUGGCCCGUGCUCGACUUGGGCUUUGUGAAGAACAAGGUUGUCCUAACGCCUGGGGUGACGCUGCGAUUGACCCGGGUGGUCCUGACGCGGCUGCGCCAGGGACUGUACCUGCAGGCCCCCGGCAUGGACCUGCUGGCCUCGCUACCGGGCCCGCUGCCCAACACCACCACCAACCGCUCCGAGUGGGGGCACCUGCAGAUGGACAGCGUGGGGCUCGUGAACCGCGCCUGCCUGACCCCCGGCGUGGCCACGGAGGUCGCGCCCACCAUCGUCCGCCCCGUGGCCAUGGCGCCGGGCGCACAAAAGGUCCUCAUCAACUCCUCCCAGGCCGGCUGCACGCCCGUGCCCACCCCCACCAACUCCACCGCCCCCGCCACCACCGCCACCACAACCGCCGCUACCACCACCGCCACCGCCACCACCUCCCUCGAGGUGCCGUACGUGCCGUACAUGCGGCGCUGCUACGUGCUGACCACCGAGUACGUGGACCUGGUGCUGCUAGCCUACAACCUGCCCAGCGACACGGCGCCGCGGCCGCUGCAGGCGGGCUACGUCAUAUGGAUCAACAACGGGGCGGUCAAGUGCGAGGGCUAUCUGGAUCAGGCAUGCGUGCAGCGGCUGGGCGCCUACACCUGCUUCGCGCUCAUGUUCCCAAGGAACAACGCAACAAGUUCGUUUACGGAGCAACCCUCGCCGAGCCCAGCCAGCAUCAGUGAUGGUGACAGCAGUAGCGACAGCAGAGUCAGCAGUGGAAAUGGCAGUAGCACCAACAGCCCUGCAGCUACCCAGCAGCCCGCCACCGCCAACGCUGAUGGCGGUGGCGGCGACAGCAGCAGUGUGAACGUGGGGCUCAUUGUGGGGCCCAUCGUUGGUGGUCUGGUUUUUCUGGGCAUUAUCACGGCGGCGACAGUGGUGUUCUUCCAGCGGCGGAGACAGCAGCGACACCACCACCGCCAGCGCGGGGGCGAUCCAUCGGCGAGCGGCAAGGGCGCGCGCGCGGGUGACAGCAGCCUCCGGGGCGGCCUGUGCGCAGGCGACGACCUGGCCACAUUUAGCAUGGAGCCUGCCAGUCCCGCUCAGCAGGGCUGCGGGCCCUCGUCAGGCUCCUGGUCGGACCUGGGAACGGUGGCAACGGCGGGGGUCACCAGCAAGGCGCGCGCCGAGCGGGCGGGCGAGGGCGAAGGCGGGGCCGGGAUGCAGACAGACGAUGACCCGUCAGCCAGGACGGCGGCGUCCGGUCCCGCGGGCGGCGGCGGCGGCGGCGUUGGUGGUGGUGGCCAGUCGGCGCCAACCUCCGCCGCGACGUUCGGCUACUCGCCUCAGGCCUCCAGGGAGCCCGUGACCGCUCUGACGCCCUGCCAGCCCGACAUCAACAUGGCGGUGCGGGUGGAGGCUUACGUGCCGCAGCAGGGCAGCGGCAGCCCAUACCCCCGGUCGGAGUCGCGAGGCAGGGCCAGAAGCGCCGCCACGUCCGCCGCUCUGGCAUCAGCACCCGGCGCCGCCGGCACCAUGUUCAGCAAGGGCCCCUCACUUGGCUUUCGCGAGCCCUCAUUGUGUAGUGUGGCGGAGGCGGCCGCAAUGGGUGCGGUAACGGACGGCUGUGACGCGCUGGGAGGCUCGAUCGAAAGCCAAGGCCCAUUUGCGCCCAGUCUUGUCACAACCGAUGCUGCGCCUCACAGUGGCGUAGCAGCGGCAGGCGGCCGUGAGGCCUCAGCCGUUGUGUCCAUGGAUGCCGCGACGGCGGCCGCAUGUGGCAGCAACGCCAGCACCGCUGGUGCGCGCCGCAGCGGCUUCGCCGCGCGCUCCUGGGGCCCCACCAGCGGCGCGACCACCGUGGUGGGCGGCGGCGGCGGCCCGCUGUCGUACGCGUCGUCCUGUGAGAACAACAGGAGCCAGCAGCGGCAGCAGGCGCAGGUGGCAGCGGGCGCUCCUGGGUCGGGAGCCUCCGACACGGGCGCUGAGACUGGGGCUGGGACUGGGACUGGGACUGGGGCCGGGGCUGCCAGCGAUGCUGCUACGGCUGCUGGCGCCAGCAGCGGCCCGGACCCGACCGUAACGCUGCUGCCCGUGCUUCGCGGCAAGGGCGCGUACGGCCGCGUGGUGGAGGGCCUGUACUGCGGCCAGCGAGUCGCCGUCAAGCUGCUCAACUACAUGCCCAGCACCGCCGCCGCCGCCGCCGCCGCCGCCGCCGCAGCAGCAGCAGCAGCUGCGGCCGCGCGCCUCAAUGCCGGCGCCAGUGCCAGGGCAGCAGCCGCGGCCGCCGCAGCCACAGCCGCUGACGCGGCGUCUGAGCCUGCUCAAAUCCCAGAGGCGGACAUAGACGCAGCCGGUGGCGAAGGAGGUUGCAAUAGUGGCGCCGAUGUCUCGGCGGCGGCGUUGGCGGCUGCAGCUGGCAGUGCAGUCGCGGCGGCCGCAGGCGCGGUCAGAAGCGACGGCGCAGGUGCCGGGUGGAUCGGCGAGACGCACUCCACUGUCCACACCGAUAUGGACGUGUCGAGCGCUGCGCCUCCCGCGCCCCUAGCGGGAUCUGGCGGCUUAAACGCAGCGGACAGCGCUGCCGCUAGCAGCGGCAUGUUGCUGCCGGCGACAACAACGGGCUUUGCAGGGGCCGCCGGGGCCGCGGCGUGUGCCGUGCACCGCCGUGCCGCGGCCGCCGCUGUCCAACACCCCCAAGCAAGCGACUCGCCCCAGGUACACAUGCAUCUCGGUGUGUACGACUCAGCAGCGGCGCGGUCGUGGCAGAUCGCCACCGCGGUCUCAGCCCUGGACAGCUGCCAGCCAUUCCUGGGGACCGCCAGUGUCAACGGCACCAGCUUCAGGCCGCCGACGGCAGCCGACGCUCCAUUGCUCGCGCCGCCGCCGCCGAUGCCGCGAGCGCAUGCAGUCGCAGGAGUGGCCGGUGGUGGCGUUGUGGUCGCCGGCGGCAAUGGCGGCGGCGGUGGCGGCGGCGGCAAUGGCGGCGGCAAUGGCGGCGGCGGCAAUGGCGGCGGUGUGCCCAUCUCGGCUGUGGACCUGCUUCAUCGCCACUACCCCCCACACCACAUGAGUGGAGGAGAAAUUGAGCUGUACGGCUCAUCACUGCUCGCGUCCGGCGGCACCAUUGUCGUGGCACCGCUGUCGCCGCAAGACAUGUUUGUUGAGUGGCGGCAGCGUCACCAGCAGCAGCAGCAGCACCAACAGCUGCUGCAGCUGCAGCUGGGGCAGGGACAGCAGCCGGGGCAAGGACAGGGGCAGGGACAGGGACAGGGGCGAGAACCGCUGCGCGUGCAUCACAUGUAUCAGCAGCAGCGCCCGCUCAUCAGUGGGGGCAGCGGCACCUACACCGGGGCCGUGUGCUGCACCGUGCUCGGCGCCUCCAACGCCGGGGCCAGCACGGCGGGGCUGCUCACGCUCACGCCCCUCGAUGGCGCUUCCGAUAAUGCCGCCACCCUCCUCGGCCUCAGCAUACCUGGCCCCGCCCCCGGCCCGGCCCCCGGCCCUGCUAACAACAACAACGUGAACUACGGCGGCGCACACUACAUGGGUGCGGCUGCAGCACGCCCUGGGGCGGCGGGCGCCGCAGUGCCACCUCGGGCCGCCGGAGCGGAGCGGCCUUUUGUGGUGGACCUGCUGCGGUUCGGCAUGCGAGCCGCCGCCGGCGCCGGCCGCAGCCGUAUGGUGGCGCCGGCGCCGGCGCUGAAGCCACUUGGGGAGAUGUGGAGCCCGAUGAAGGACGCAGCAGCAGCAGCGGCGGCGGCAGCGGCGGCGGCGGCGGUAGCAGGCGCGGACACUAGCAGCCACCAGGCCAGCGGUGGCGGUGGUUGGGCAGCAGCAGCAGCGGCGGGCGGCAGUGGGUGUGCGGAUGGAGGCGGCACCGCCGGAGGCGCACCCGUGAGGGAGGCGAGAGCAGAGGCAAGCGGUGGAGGCGAGGAGGAAGGCCAAGUCGACGUGUUUGGCGUUGCAGCACAGCAGGCGUUCCUGCAGGAGCUGGAGGUGCUGGCCAGGCUGCGCCACCCCAACAUCGUGCAGCUGCUGGCGGCCUGCGCCACUCCUCCGCAACUGGCGUUGGUGGUGGAGCUGAUGGACACGUCACUGGACCAGCUGCUGUAUCCCGCGGGUGACACCACCGCUGGUGCUGGUGGCGGCGGCAGGGGUGGCAGCAGGGGUGGCAGCAGGGGUGGCAGCAGGGGUGGCGAGCAGCAGCAGAAUGGCACUGCCGGGCCUGCGGGUGGCAGCGGCGGCGCAGCAGCCACGGCCCCGCUGGGCGCCAAAGACAGGCUGGCGUUGGCGUUGGCCGCCGAGGGUGUGCCCAGUCCCGGCUCGGCGGGCGAUGCAGCUGCCCCGCCAGCGUCGACUGUUGCUGCCCCGCCGGCGCUGAUGCCGUAUGAGACGGUUCUGCACGUGGCGCUGCAGGUGGCGCACGCCCUGGACUACCUGCACCCCACCAUCGUGCACAGGGACAUUAAGCCCAGCAACAUCCUCAUCUCAAACGCCGACAGCGCCACGCCCACAGUCAAGCUAGCGGACUUCGGACUGUCCCGGCUGCAGGAGACUGUACUCAUCACCAAACACGCCGACGUGGGCACCGCCGCCUACAUGGCCCCCGAGCUGCUGACGGUCACACACGGUGUGGUGACGCACCACGUGGACGUGUACGCGCUGGCGGUGUGCGUGUGGGAGAUGCUGGCGGGGCGGCGGCCCUGGGAGGGAGCCACCAUGGUGCAGAUUGCGUGUGCGGUGGGCCUGCGCGGCGAGCGGCCGCCUCUGCACGCGCUGCCGCCCGGCCGCUGCCCGCCGCCGCUGCGGGCGCUGCUGGCGCAGUGCUGGGACUCGGUGCCGGCGCGGCGGCCGGCGGCUAGCGAGCUGGUCAAGGAGCUGGUCCUGCUGCAGCAGCAGCACCAGGCGGGAAUGCUUGCCCCUGGGGAAGAUGGCGGCGCGGCGGCGCUCCUCAGUGCUGGCGGCGGCAGCCCCGGCGGCGGCGGCGUCUCCAUGCUCGGCAAUGACAUCUACUUGGGCGCGGUCGGGCUGCCGGGAGGCGCGGCGGCGCGGCGCGGCCACCACCCCGUCGCCGACCGGCUGGCUGCUCUCAUCCGAGGCGGCAUGGUGGAGUGAGCGGGCGAGUAGACGUGCUGACGUGUCCGCCAUGUGGGCUGCUGUGCAAACCUAGCGCAAGCUGUGUCAUCGGGAACGGAGCUACAGCCGUCGCCACGCGCGGGGGCAGGCGGGACGGCAUGGCGCCAUUCUUCGAUACGGCAUGUUUCGUUGUAAGUCAUGUGCGUGAACUGCUGAUGCAUCGCCGAGCUUAAUGCCCAAGAAGAAGGGUUUAAACCCUGAUACAAGCUGCUCAAUCUGCUAUGUACGGCACACCAAUCAAGGAGCGGAGUGAGGUCUGGCUUUGUGGUCACGCCUGACGCGGGUAUGGUAGUUUUGGCCAUGAGAUUCUGUAUGCGGUGAGAGAAGGUCGUCAGUCUUGUUGCCAAGAGCCAUAUGGGUCAUGGGCAGGAUUUGCAACCAUUGCAAUUUAUGGCAUUCAUACCGCUGGCUUAAUAGCAGGCAUUCGCUUCGGACUUGGGCUGCUGAGUUUCUUGGCUGUCAGGGCUGGCAAACUUUGGAAAGUAUCUUUUUGCGUGACGUACGUCUGCAUAGUAAGGUUGACAUGAAUGGAAUAGGGACGAGAGCCAUUCCCUGUCGUGGUAUGGGCUCAGGGUAUAUUGUUGGCUACCGUGAUCACAUCUGCGGUCACAUCCUUUGUUUGUAUGUGACGGAAAGGUCAGGCGCAGGCUCUGCUUGCGAUGGGAAGCGCAGGGGCUCUUUCUCUCUGUCCUGCCAUCCCUGGGUUGCAUGGUAGAUUGGUAGCACUUUGUGGUCUGAAGAUGGGCUACAGGGCGGCAGCAGCAGUGGGACUAGGGAGAGGGGGACGUGGCUGUGCGCCGCUUGCAGCCGGUGAGCGGAAUUGCACUGUACAACAGUUGCUGAUGAUGUUGCAGGCUGCAUUCUAUGUAUGCUCCAUGUGCUCAGGCACAGCGGAUUUUUGCAUUAACAGCUGUAUGGCUGGUGAGGACGGUACGGGAGAGUGUAUCUAUCCUUACUCUGGGAGAGAGAAGGUGCGCCACAGUACGUGAGGUGGUCGGGUUUCCUGGCGCGUAGGUAGGCCCCCGCACGCGCAGACGGUGAAGCGGCUACUGCUGUUCAUUACAUUACUUGAUUAUGUGCAUCAGGUUACUCAAUCAUUAUGUGAGGCGCAUGCAACUUACCACGCCCGGUUUGCGUGGUGUGGACUCCACGGGUUUGAAGCGGUCCAGAGGCGGCAGGCGGACUGAUACCGGUACGUCGUCUGUGGUGUGGCGGGUUGUUGCAGCGGCGGCGUCUGUGACCCGACGCAAGCGGGCAGACAUGCAGGGUACGGUAUGCAGGCAGGCAACGCAGGCAUCGCAGGCAUCGCAGGGUACUCGUCUUCCUGCACUUCACAUUUGGCGGUAGCGCGGACUGUGAACUGCUGGUCCGCCGGGUUGUGCUCGAGGAUUACCGGUUACGGCAAUGUGUGUACUGAUCAUGGUGCUUUUAAGCUCGUUAGCUCGUGUUGGCGGCAUUGGCGCAUGGUGCACAUCGUCACUUCCGUAUGCAUGCCCUGUUUGUUCGAAGGAUCACCGGCAAGCAUUUGCCUGUCUACUGGUUGCGGCUCACGGGGGCAUUUGCGGUUGGAGAUAGAGGUGACUAGGCAGGCUGGGCUGGUGCAUGUAUGACGAGCAAUGCUUCAUUCCACCACAUAUGAUCCCGUCUUGGGAUUGCAGCCUUGGAAGCAGGGACCGUAGCAGACUCCUCGUACCGUCGGACGUAUGAAGCAGAAAGCAGGCGUGUGUUAUCGGAGUGAGUGCUUGUCGAAACUAUGCCGGCGUUGGAUAGUUGUGGGACUAAGCUGAAAAGUGUAGCAGAAAACAUGCGUGUGCAUUGUAACACGUGACCGCA